CCCCCAUCCACUCCCCGCAUCCGCGGUCGCUCCCGGUCUCAGCUAAAGGCAAACCAACCAGCACCCCAGCAGCGCGCGCGCGGCAAUGGCGGACCCGGUCGAGCUCAUGCGGCGCAUCUGCCUCUGUUUCCCGCCGCGGCUGUCGCCUACGCAGCGCUCCAGAGUGCCGCCGCCACAGCCGCAAUGCCUCGGGGUCUGGGCUCGCCUCCGCUUCCCAGGCUCUGCGCUGUCGCUCCGGUGCCACGCGCUCGACGCCAGCAAGCCGUCGGCGGUCAGGGGGGAGCCGAGCGAGGAGUACGACGACGAUGAGGAGCCGUACUUUUCCGUGACAUCGUCGAGGCUGUCAGAGGUGGACUACCUCGGGGAGAGCACCAAGGGGGAUUUGAACGUGCGCAGGAGGCACCUCGACGCGCUCGGUGGGAAUGGAAAGUCAACAUUGCAUGGUCCUAUAGAGGAGAUAGCUUGGAAAGAAGCGAGACAAGCUGAAACGUUACUCAGUGACCUGGGAAUUGCAGAUCCUUUAACAGUAAGGAACUCUCCUCGUGGAAUUUUCUGCACCAGGACACUAAAUCUUCGAUCUAUCAGUGUCAUUGGCUAUGACAUGGAUUAUACAUUGAUUCAUUACAACGUGAUGGCCUGGGAAGGGCGUGCAUAUGAUUAUGGGAUGGGCAACCUGAAGAGCAUGGGUUUCCUAGUAGACGACCUUGAAUUUGAUCCUGACCUGGUUAUUAGGGGUCUUAUUAUGGAUAAAGUAAAAGGAAACUUGGUAAAAGCUGACCGUUUUGGGUACAUCAAGAGGGUCAUGCACGGUACCCAAAUGUUGCCCACUCGUGCUGUGAGUGAAAUAUAUGGACGAGAGUUGGUGGACCUGCGGAAAGAAGAUACAUGGGAGUUCCUUAAUACCCUUUUCUCUGUUUCAGAAGCUGUCAUGUUCAUGCAGAUGGUUGACAAGUUGGAUCAGGGGUUGGUGCCUGCUGAACUUGGGCCACUGGAUUACAAAGGGCUGUACAAUGCUGUUUCCAAAGCACUUUUUCGAGCACAUGUAGAAGGUCAACUCAAGAGCGAAAUAAUGGCUGAGCCCGAGCGAUUUGUCGAGCCUGAUCCAGAACUGCCACUAGCUCUUCUAGAUCAAAAGGAGGCUGGAAAAAGGUUGCUUCUUAUUACUAACUCAGAUUACCACUAUACAAACAAAAUGAUGAAUCAUGCAUUCAAUCGCUUUCUUCCUAAUGAUAUGGGAUGGAGAGAUCUAUUUGAAAUGGUUAUAGUCUCCGCGAGGAAACCAGAGUUUUUCCAAAUUUCGCAUCCAUUGUACGAGGUUGUUACUGAAGAUGGUUUAUUGCGUCCCUGUUUUAAGGCAAAUUCAGGUGGCCUGUACUCUGGUGGUAGUGCUCAGAUGGUUGAGAAGUCACUAGAUAUUCAUGGGGAUGAAAUAUUAUAUGUAGGGGACCAUAUUUUUACAGAUGUGAGCCAAUCAAAGGUUCAUUUACGAUGGAGGACAGCAUUAAUAUGCCGAGAACUGGAAGAUGAGUUUGACGCACUAAUCAAAAGCCAUGCUCAGAAAGAAAAGCUUGUCACACUUAUACAACAAAAGGAAAUUGUUGGAGACCUUUUCAACCAACUUCGCCUGGCUCUGCAGAGACGCACAAAUUCACGUCCUGCACAGACGCUUGCUGCAACUUGUAUGAAUGAUCAGGAGCUUACAGAAAGUAUGCAAAAGUUGCUCAUUGUUAUGCAGAGAUUAGAUGAAAAGAUCGUGCCAUUGCUGGAAUCAGAUGGAGAACUUUUCAAUAAAAGAUGGGGUUGGCUGUCACGCGCUGGACUAUGGGACAAGAGUCAUCUAACCAGGCAAAUUGAGAAAUAUGCUGAUAUAUACACUUCAAGGGUUUCAAACUUUCUACACUACACUCCAUUCAUGUAUUUUCGAUCACAAGAACAGGCCUAGGGUACGUUCUACAUUGACAUUGGUUGCAUCGACGAAUUACUCUGUCGUAUCCACAGUUGUUCGUUGUUUCACUUUGAAUUGUUGCUAAUCCUUUACGCACCUCUUAGACGCUUGCACACGACGUCCAUUCUUAUUCCCGCGAUCAAUAACAUUGGUGUCAACGAGUUCCCUCUAUAUCUAAUCACGCGCGGAGACUAGGCGAUGGAAAUAAGAAGAAUUGCAACUUGGUAAGGACUGUGUGGCCGUAGUUGCUGGGCUGCACCAAGCUCCUGGAUACUGGGCAAAGACUGCUGAUUCGCGAGAUGUUGCGAUGUGUAAGUACUAUUUUUUCCGGGAGUGUAAGUAAUUUAUAUGGCCGUGUGCCAGUACAGCUAAAGUCAUUAGCUAGUUUUAAGUUUUCA